GUGCAGUAGCAGUGACAGGUCAAACGGCUAAUAGCGAGAUUACUUAAUAUUCGUCCGAUACGAAACGAGGAUUUCCCGCAUCGAAAAAACGCUUCGAGAUCUCUCCUCGGCACUCAAUUUCUCUAUUACAAGAAUUAUCGUCGGUGGUGGAGAAUUGCUGUUCUUGUCUGAGCAGUAAAACUCGCUGAACAAGGGGAGAGCAAGCGCAGGGAAACUGAAAAGAAUGGAGGUCGAUGAAUGCUCAGCUGGUGGAGACAGUGGAGCAGAAGAAGAUGAAGAUGAUGCUUCAUCUCAUGCGUCCAGAAGUAAUAGCAGUAGUAGUAGCAUUAGUGGAAGUAGUACAUCAAGUGACAGUGGAGAUGACAGUGGAGAAGAACAUGGUUCCAGUGGAAGUGAUAGUCAUAGCUCUGGAGAUGAAGAUGAGGAUGAAAAUGAGAAUACGGAAUACUCUGUUAAAAAGUGGGAAACUUGCAUUGUUGCAAAUACCAAGGUAAAACUACCGCAAGAUCUCUGUGAAGAUGAGGCACUUUUCAAGGAGUUUAUGGAUUAUCCCCAUAUUUGGAACGAAUGCCUAACAGAAAAUCAAAGAGAGACUCUCUGUAAUCUGCUACCUACCUUUCCAAAAGAUUGUGAUGCAGAAGCAGAAACAGAGAAGACAUUACGCAUGUUAUUCAAUAAUGAAAGUCACAGAUUCGACGUGGCACCAUUAGAAUCGUUUCAUAGCCACCUGUCUGCCGGUCACUACCGGCCGGACAUCAGGAGGAUAUGCAGCCUAGUUCGAAAGGCGCAGCAAAGACGAUUGCUCUUCGAAGAACGGAAGCGAUCGUACGAGCUCGCCAGUCAGUUGCUAAAAUCCAGAGAGAGCUUACUAACGAACGCGUAUAAACAAGGUUUCUGUCAGCCGGCGCAGAGGACGUUGUCGAAAGUCCACUGGAGGAAACCGAAGCCUGCUAUGGUUGAAGAAAAAACGCAACUGCGCUAUUUGGAAGAAAUGAACGCGCUGAGGGCAGAGCUUGGGGUGAGCGCGAAGCUGGCCGCCGACACCACAUCCGAGAACGAAGAGAACUAUCCUUACUAUCAAGUUUCUGGAGCUAAGCAGAAGAGGAAGAGGCGCUCACUCAUGGGCUUCCAGGGCUUAUCCAUUAGAGGUCUACAAAUGAACCUCGACGAUGAGACGAUUCGUCCCGUUUUCUCCACGCUGCAACGAGCCGAGUUCCCCGCGAACCGAUCGUUCUUCAUCCGUGAACAGACGGAGGAAAUGUACCGCGAAAUACUUCUCGAGCAUAAGAAACGAAGAGCACGUCGUGAUAUUCAUCCAGAAUUGAAUACGCAGGGUAUCGCCCUAGCGGAUUUAACUCAAAGAGCACAAAUUGGCCAGAAGCACAAGUUAUCUAUUGGCCCGUCUACGCGUAUCACACCUGCGAAGAAACGAAUAAAGAUGGAACAAUCGCCGCUCUGUCCGCCCGCGCCGAGAUUAAUAAACUCGAAUUCUAUAAAACACGAAAGCGACAACAGCGACUAUUCUCAUACGACGGACGACAACAGGCAUUCCAGUGCACUGGACAUGGAUCACAGGAUGAUGACUCCGAUUAAAUCGGAACCUGUGGACCCAUACGAAGUGCAUCAAAUGUCGAAAAAAAAAUUGAGCCCAGUCACAUCGAAAGGUAGCAAGUCGUGUUUAAUAACUGCACCGGAGAUUAAAAAAGAAGUAGAAGAUAUGGAGUACGACGAGAUUAAAACGGAGAUAAUUACGGGAGUGAAUGAGGACAUGCCUCCUGAAACAGAAGAAGAUGAGGAAAAUGAUAAGAAGGAACUUGAGUUGGAUAGUAUCGAUAUGAUGCAAAUACCGAUCCAACUCGAUGAUGGAAUCGACAUAUUGGACGAAGUAAAAUGCGAGGACGAAGGCGUCAUCUCGAUACCUGACAAAGAAUUGAACGUUCCUACAAACGACGAAACUAUCGAUAUUCACAGCGGAGCGGAACUAAUGCAAGAAACACAUGCCUGUUUCUUCUCAUUGCUAAGAGACGCCUUUACGUCGAAAGGCGAGUACAGAAUGAGCGCUGUGGAAAUGAAAGAUGCUGUAACGCUGUGGCAAGGGAAUCCUAUUUCACCAUUAAACGAUUGGUAUUCUAUGGCGUCUUCUUGGACCGCAUUGGUUCCAUUGGCGUUAGGUUUUCUUGCUGGAGAGUACAUUUACUCUCAAGAAGUGGGUGACCGACAGGAACGUGAACUAGAGCUUGUCCCUUAUUUGGAAAAUAAAGGGCAUGGAGUUUACGCAUGGAUCGGCGCAGGUCGGGAUUCAGAUUCGCGUCUCUCGAUUUUGUGUACGAAAUUCUUAAUGCACAGAGAUUCGUUAGGUCCACCGACGUCGUCUACUGCUUGUUCCGUGGUAUCUGUAAAGCAGCAACCUCAAGUGGCUCAAAUUACCUGCGGUAAUAUUAACAAUAGUUCCGGAAAUGGAAAUAUAAAUACCACUGCUAGAGAUAGUAGCCCUGCGAUAGAAUCAAUCAGUGUUGACGGGGGAUCUAGCACCAUCGCGGAAUGGGAACCACCGCGAGCUUUAUGGCCCACCGAAUGGAAAGUUCGACCUGCUACGACAGAUGAACGCGAAGAAUUUAGAAGACAAGAGCGUAUGCGCUACGCUGCACCUCAUAAAGCCUUCACGUAUCGAAUGCACGGUUACGCGUCUGUCGUAGGUCCGGUUAAAGGAAUUUAUCAGCAUAAUGUCGCUGCAGGAUUAACGAAAGCUCGUGGACACUCAUUAUUGGUAGCGGAUCGUCCGAAUUUCGUGACGAUCUUGGCGUUGGUUAGAGAUGCGACUGCAAGAUUACCCAAUGGCGAAGGGACUCGAGCUGACAUUUGUCAACUAUUGAAGGAUUCACAGUAUAUCAGAGAUCAACCAGACAGUGACGACAAAGAAGGUUAUCUGCACUCGGUUGUGUCUGGUGCUUUGGAUAGGUUGCAUUAUGAAACGGAUCCUUGUGUACGAUAUUACCCGCGACGCAAGGAAUGGUUGUAUCUUCAUCGAGCACGAUCAGAGUCUGAAUUCGAAAUGUAUCAUCAACAACUGCAAGGUGUUGCUAAGAAUAAGAAGAACGUUGGCAGUAUGUCGCGAAACAAAGCCCUGCCUCCUGUCAUAAAAUCCGCCAACGCCAAUAAAGAGCAAUCUCCGAACAAUAGUAAAGAAACUACACCUAAAAAGGAACGAAAAACUGGAACUACUGCACAACCAAUUAUAUCUAGGAAAGAACAAAAGAAAAUCGAAGAGAAGCUUAUCAGCGAUCACUCUGUGUCAGCCGAACAGACUGUUGUUGUUACAAAUGUGAUGACAACAAUGAGCGCCACUACGACGUCUCCCGUCAUCAGUGCGGCAGGCGCUUCGGUUCCUGUUACACUUCCUACCUCUUCCGCUUCGCUCAGUACCGUGACUGUAGAGAAAGAAGUUGCGACCAGUGAAGUGAAACCACUGGUUACCACGACAGCUCCAACGAAAAAGUUGGCCAAUAUCGGCGGCAAACCGGUUGCCGUUGUCAAGACGAGCGCUCAGAGUUUGCUACAGUCGAAUCAGCAACACUUCCCGCAUCACCAGAUUCAGGUGUCCACUUCUGCAGGCUUGCAAACUAUUCGGUUGUCCGGGCACUCUGUGCUACACUCUGCUCAAUCCGUCGCAGCCAGCAGUGUUUCCAAUAAUCCGACCAACGUGACCAGCAAUUUAACAACUAUAUUCCCGUCUGCCAAAGUGCAGAGCCAACAGCAGCAGCAGCAACAAUCGCAGCCCCAGCAGCAGCAACAACCGCAAACCAUAGUAACGAACCAAGCAGGAAAGAGUAUCUUGCAGACCGCUAAUAUUAAGCAACAACAGUCUCAGCAGCAACACGUGUUGCCUGGAAAGACUCUGUUAGCCUCGCAGAUCAAAUUGGUCACUUCAGGGCAAAUUAAAUCGCUUCUCACCGGUCACGGCCUCCAAGGCCAAACAAUAUUUAUCAAGCAAUCGUCGCCGUCCGGGAAUCAGCCGCAGCAAUUGCAGCAGCAACAGUUGAAGCAACAACAACAACAGCAGCAACCGCAAAUUCAGCAACGGGUCGUGACCAAUCAGCAACAGUCGAUACAAACGUCCGGCAUGCAGCGUAUAAUCGCGCAGAUCGGUGGAAAGCCGAUUGCCGUGCAAAUACAACAAUCGCCGCAUCAGCAACAGCAACAGCAACAACAAAAGAUACUAGCGAAAGUUCUAACCAGUUCCGGUGGAGGUCAGCUGAUAUCCGUGGAGAGUCUCCUGGCCCAAAAGGGACUGAAGUUGGCCACUACAGCAAGCCACGCGAAUCAACUUAACAGACAGGGGAAGCAGCUUAUGACUCAGUAUCAGGUUGUGUCACAGGCACAAACAUCGUCAGGACAGUCCAAGAUCAUAGUCAGUACGCAACAAUCCCAGCCUCAGCAGGCUCAAACCGUGCGAAUGGUGACCGCUCAGUUGGCCGGAAAACCAAUCGUCUUGGCCAGUGGUAACAAAAAUGUCGGGGUCGGGGUGAGCAGCAGCGGAAGCGUGGUCCUCGGGAAACAACAGUCGUCGCAACAACAAACGCAACAACAGCCGAUUAUCCUGCCAAGUCAGUUGCUCAACAUCAAAACGCUUCACGGUUUGAAAGUGAUACCGACCCCGGCGGGAUUGAAAACCACCGGCGCCGCGGUAUACGCGCGAGUGAUCGCGCCGACGACCAUAACCUCAACGCAAUCGACCGGGAAUCAACAGCAGCAAACGAUACAGGCACAGCAGCAAUCGAGGAACAGUCCUUAUACCGCGCCCUGACAGGAUUGAUACUCAUGCUUUCUUAUUAUCGUUCAGUUCUUCGUUCAAUUCAAUUUCGACGGGGGUGUUAGUUUCGAGAGAUUUCAUGGAGAAGCUAAAGCACGAUUCCCAUGUAAAAAGCAGUGUAAAACGUAGAGGUCGCUCUAGGUCCCGUUUUCGUGCAUAUCGCUUCGAUCAAGGAAAGUCUUUUCGAGAUCAUGGACACACGCGCAAUAAAUAGUAGGCCAGGUGAAAAAUAAGUACACACACACACACAC